UGGGGGCGGGGCUCGAUGUGUGGUUGUGAGCAUGCCUAGUGCGCAUGCUCAUUUUUUUCUACAGCUCCAAUACAAGUCAGUCGGCGUCAGGCCAUUCAUGAUUGAACAGGUGCAAGUGAGUGUCGUCGGAUUUUAUUUUUUAAAAAAUGUCAGAAAAAGUCGAACAGCGUUAUUGCACAAAAUUUUGUUUUAAUCUUGGUGAUUCUCAAGUGGAAACAAUUCGCAAGAUUAAACAAGUGUUUGGAAAUGAAGCGAUGGGCACCACACAGAUAAAGGAGUGGUACAACCGCUUCAAAGAUGGCCGCUUAUCAGUUGAAAGUGAACCACGCUCAGGGAGGCCUUCAACAUCGAAAAAUGAUGCCAUCAUUGAUCAAGUGAGGAACCUAGUGAUGCAGAACCGCCGAAUCACGAUCAGAGAGCUUGUAGACGAGGUGAGUAUUAGUUUUGGUUCCAUUCAAUUAGUUUUGACUGACGAUUUGGGCCUCAGGAGAGUCUCAGCAAAGUUUGUACCAAAGCUGCUAACAUUUGAGCAAAAAAACCUUCGUCUGGAGAUCGCACAAGACAUGCUGGAAACUAUGAACGGUGAUCCCGACUUUAUGAACACAGUGUUUACAGGUGACGAGUCAUGGGUUUAUGGAUAUGACCCAGAAACCAAGCGCCAGUCAACACAGUGGAAUCCCCGAGGCCCAAAAAAGCAAGGCAAGUUCGCAGCAAUGUCAAGGUCAUGCUAACUGCC